AUGAUUUUCAAGAUUUCUUCCCAAGAUUCCUCAAAGUUUACCUAUUGCGGGGUACUUGAAUUUACGGCACCCGAAGGAAUUGUAUAUCUCCCAAAUUGGAUACUUUCAAUACUUGGAGUGUCGUCUGGGGAUCUAUGCAAAAUCGAAAGGGUUGACACAGAUGCCGUCCCAACGGGAAAGUUUAUCAAAAUCCAGCCGCAGAGCGUGGAAUUUUUGGGGCUCACGGAUCCGAAGGGAGUCUUAGAAAACGGCCUUCGAAACUACAACACCUUAUCGCCGGGAGACAUAUUUACCAUCGCCUCGGAUGGCUUUUCUGGCGAGGAAUGCCUCUCAUUUGAGGUUUUGGAAGCGCUACCUGGAAACUCUGUUAUUAAGAUCAAUGACACCGAUUUAGAGGUUGAUUUCGCUCCUCCCGUGGGAUGGGAAGAGCCAUCCACAUCUACACAGCCAUAUUUGGCGCGAAGCAUCUUGGGUGUAAAGAAACUUGCAGACUUUAAGGUCCAAGGUUGCACCACCGAGCCAUAUCCUGUGAUACUUCCCAAGAAUAUUCUGUUUUUGGGAUGCCGUGCCCAGGUUGCAACAUCCCAAUAA